GUGAUAAAAAUUAAUUGGUGAUAAGUGAUCAGUCGAAAGAUAGUGGCGAGUAUACCACAAAACUGAACUCUGAAGCCGAUCUCGAUAUUACAUUAUUUGCCGGCCGGUAUGGUACUCAGCAUUUGCAUUGACAAUUGACUGCAUCAAGUUCUACGCACAGAACAUUAUUUAAUGCUUACGAUUGUUUCUGACUAGAUUUCCUUUUCGAUACCUGUGCUGUGAAGGUUUUUCUGCUACCGAUUUAUUUGACCAUCUAUAAUCAUUACCAAAAUGGAAGAAGAACAACGUCGUAUGCAGAGUGCAGUAUAUGAUGUUUUAAAUGAUAUAGAUAGAAAAUGUUUAAGGACUUUACAAAUUCAAAUGCAUCAAUGUGCUAUUGAAUGCUGUAGAGACCCUUCAAAAAAUAUUGAAUCAUUGGAAGUAUGUAAUGAAAAUUGCUCAAAGGAAGUAGCAGCUGCUCGUAACUAUGUUCAAAAUGAAUUUAGCAAGUGGCAGAAUAGAAUACAACGUUGUGUACAAGAUUGUAAUGAUACUAUUAUGGAUAAAAUGCCCAGUGACAGAAAUCGAAGCGAAAAUGAGAUGAAUAAAUAUAUAAAAGAAGCAGAAGGAUGUACAUCGCAAUGUUUUACAAAAUACAUAAAAAUAUUACCACAAUUGACUAAUAAAAUUGUUGAUAACUUGUCCAACAAAAAAUUACAAUAACACUAAUUGCAUUUCCAAGAUUAUACACAUUCAAGGCAAAAUAACUAGAGGUUCAUUCAUAUAAAUUUCAAUGUUAAUGUGUAUUAGUCUCAUAACAUAUUGAUUUAAUGUAAGAUCAAGUUAUUUUUCCAAUAAAUUAAUUGUGCUUUUGUAGUUUGACAUAUAUAUGUUAAUAUAGUGUAAUAAAUGGAUUAUAUAAUGAAUAA